AAAUUUUUUAUUUUAAAACAUUUUUCAUCCCAACUUCUUAUUGGAGCGCAAUAUAAAUAUUCUUGAUGGGAAUUCUUGUGACUGUAAUCGAUGUGGGAUUAAAAAUUUGGGUGGCCGCAGAAGAACAUGCGAAAGCCACCCGAUUUUAUCAAUUUGCAUGUGAUCUGAAAUGCCAAGCUGGCAGCGGCAGAUAAAUUUUUGGGAAAGGGGAAAUCUUAUGUAUUUAUAUAUAUAAGACAUUUACAUACAUAUCACCUAAAUCCUAUUUAUUUACAUAUCUUAAACAAACACUUUCUAUGUUCGGCUUGCUUUCUUAAACAUCAAAUCGAAGACAAAUUGUUUAACGAUCAUAACGCGAAUUAUUUGACACUUCAAACAAGCAUCUGAUAAAUUAGUGACGGAGACGAGCGAGUCAACCGAGGACUGAGUUGUCACCAAGUCAAUCACGGAGAUAAUAACAGGCAAAAGCAAAAAAAUUAAAAUAAAAUUUUAUAUCCGGAGUCCCGUACGUAACGCGACAUGAAAUACAACAUAGUGAGUAAAAACCUGUACCUCAUUUGAAUCCUUCAUGAUUCGACACGAUUUUCUCGUUGAUUUGGGCUGCACACGGUAUAUUCCAAUUUAAACUCCCCAUUCACAUGCUCUAUAGCUCUUUUAUAUAAGAGGACAACCAAACUGAGCUCGAUCCACAACCCAUCGAUGGCGGAAAUCCCCACCAACACCAUCUUCGACGCCAUCAUCAUCGGGGCCGGAAUCAUGGGCAGCUGCGUCGCCUACGAAAUCUCUAAACUCAACAAAAAGGUCCUCCUCCUUGAACAGUUUGAUCUCCUCCACCACCUCGGCUCCUCCCAUGGCGAAUCCCGCACCAUCCGAGCCACCUACCCCGAACCCUAUUACCCUCCCAUGGUGCUCGAAUCCUCUCUCCUCUGGGAAUCCGCUCAAUCCGCCGCCGGCUACCGCGUCCUCACCCCCACCACCCAACUCGAUCUCGGCCCCUCCAACUCCCCCAGCCUCCAAUCCGUCAUCCUCAAUUGCUCCCCGGACUCCCUCCCCGCCACCAUUUUCGAUUCCCAAAAAACCCUAAUCUCCGGCGCUUUUCGUCUCCCCGACGACUGGAUCGCCCUAUCCACCCCCCUCGGCGGCGUCAUCAAGCCCACCAAAGCAGUCGCCAUGUUCCACUCCCUCGCCGUCCGCCAUGGCGCCGUUAUCAGAGACUGCACCGUGGUCGACGCCAUUAUCCCAAUCGCCGGCGUUGGGAUCCGCGUCUCCACCACCGAUGGUCGGCUCUUUCACGGCAUCAAGUGUGUGGUGACCGCCGGCGCCUGGACAAGCAAAUUAGUGAAAAUGGUUACAGGGCAGGAUCUCCCAAUCCAGCCUCUUCAUACUUUGAUAUGGUAUUGGAAGAUUACAGAAGGAUUUGAAUCGGAGAUGACGCCGGCGGCGGGGUUUCCGACUUUCGCAAGCUACGGCCUGCCUUACGUCUACGGAACGCCGGCGAUGGAGUUUCCCGGACUGAUCAAGAUCGCAGUGCACGCCGGCUGGCCUUGUGAUCCGAAUUGCCGAGACUGGUCUUUGGAAGCCGAUGAAAUGGUUGCGCGGGUGGCGGAAUGGAUUGAGCGCGUCAUGCCGGGCCGCAUCGAGACGGCGAUCGGGCCGGUGAUGAAACAGAGUUGUAUGUAUUCAAUGACGCCGGAUGAGGACUUUGUUAUUGAUUUUAUGGGUGGGGAGUUUGGGAAGGAUGUGGUGUUGGCGGGAGGGUUUUCGGGUCAUGGGUUUAAGAUGGCGCCGUUGGUGGGGAAGAUGGUGGCGGAGAUGGUGAUCGGCGGCGAGGCACAGACGGCGGAGAGGAUCGGGGUGGAUAGUAGGGUUUUUGGGUUGGGGAGAUUUGAGGGUGGGGGGAAGGGGAAUCUGAAGGAGUUUGGGGAUCAGGUGAAAUUUCACCUUGGCGCAGAGUGAAAAAUUGGAAGAUUUUACAUGCAAAAUUAUUCAUUUCUUAUGUGUUUAGAUAUUUACCACCUAAAACUUCAAUUUUUACAUGGAUGCUACUUUAUGCAUGAAGUGUUGUUGGGCCACACCUCUGGGAUUCCUUUGUAUUUUAUUGUAUUUUUUUGUAAUUAUGUAGGCUCAUUUGUUUUAGUUGUAGA